UCUUUUUGCUUUGUAUGCGAGUUGGUUAACUAGCUAAGGUUAAUAACUAACAUUAGGUACCGCACAUUGCUAUCGCAAACUACAGUAGGUUGUUAGCAUAGCUGACGUUAACUAGGUAGCUAUUGUAACUAGCUAAAGUUGUGUCCGGGUUUUCGUCUAUAACUAGCUACUGUAGCCAUGUCUUAGGUAAAAAAAUAACUGUUCUCCCCCGCUUAUCUGGGUACAACAUUAGCCAGUUACGUUAACUAGUAGUACUAACUAGCCAGUUGACUAGCUAACGUUGGCUUUUUUUUGUUUGCCCGCUGGCUAGUUGUCAAUCAACGCGGGAACAAAGGGGAACGUUGCAGUUUGCUAGAAAAAGCCAAAGCAGAGCCAUGCUGACUCGGUAAAGCCUAACUAGACGCUAACUGGGUAGCAAUCGGCUUAUCGAUUCAUGACCAUCCACGGCUGAACUAGUAACAAUCACUGCGCAUAUAGUUUUUAUGCAACUGGAAGAUUUCUAAUGACAAAGUACAGUAACGGUUGACUUUACGCCGAUUUACAUCCUCGGCUGCACAAUAUAACGAGUCAAAAUUCACACAAGGCUGAAAAUGGCAGAAGAACGUUGUCUAAACUGAAACACUUAGCGCGAGGCCAUAGUAAAUGAAUGGAAUCAGACGAUGGCAGAGCCUGUUUUGACUGGAGUGACGCUUAGAAUUCAAUUUCGCCAAAUGGCGCCAAAAAAUGUAUCCCCUUUUUAUUUUACCACUACAAUCUGUUCUUGGGACAAAACUGAAAAAUAACUCGUGUAGAAAUUAAACACCCGCACCUCGAUGGUGCCAAGUGUGAUUAUGUCUGCAAAACAAGGAAGUCGAAGAACAAAAUGCAACUUAUAACUAUUUCACUGGCCAGCCUCACGUAAUUAGACAGAUGAGAUUCUCAUGAUUCAAAAUGGUGUCCGACUUGAAUUUUUUUUAAAUACACACAUUGCGAGAUAUUUGGCGAAAUAUACCAGCAUGCCUCUCCAUAGGAAAACAACGGGGGGAGCUCAGCGUUCCAAGGGCAAAAGAUGGAGGGAGACGGUUCAACCACAGAUGCCUCUCAGUUGGGCAUGCCAGGGGAGUACAUGGCAGGAAGCCACUACGUCCUUCAGUCACAGGAUGAUGACUGUGAUGAGAGCCUGCAUGACCAUGAGGAAGGCAACGGCAGCAAGGAAAACUUCCGCGAGCAGGACAUCUACCUCCCCAUCGCUAACGUGGCUCGCAUCAUGAAGAACGCUGUUCCACAGACAGGAAAGAUAGCGAAAGAUGCCAAGGAAUGUGUUCAGGAGUGUGUGAGCGAGUUCAUCAGCUUCAUCACGUCGGAGGCCAGUGAGCGCUGUCACCAAGAGAAAAGGAAGACCAUCAACGGAGAGGACAUCCUGUUUGCCAUGUCCACCCUGGGCUUCGACAUGUACGUGGAGCCACUCAAACUCUACCUACAGAAGUUCCGAGAGGCGAUGAAAGGGGAGAAGGGAAUCGGCGGCAUAUCUGUAACAGAGGGACUUGGAGAAGAACUCACAGACGACAGCUUUGCGAACCAGUUGCCUGCUGGAAUAAUAACUGCUGAUGGACAACAACAGAAUGUCAUGGUUUACACCACCUCGUACCAACAGAUUCCCGGAGUGCAGCAGAUCCAGUUCUCUUGAGUUAGGUUCCGGAAUUCCCCGUUUGCAAUCGGGAACACGUUUGAAAUGGGGAAGAGAUUACAGCAUUACUGUACACUCAGGUCAAAAGAUAGUGGUGGAAAGAGAGGGGAGUGUAUGCAGAAUUUGCAUAGGUGGGUUUAAAUCAGAAUCAGUUUUAUGUUCUGGUCACGAUAAAGAACUGAAUAGGAGACAAGUUAUUUGGCUUUUUUUGUUAAUUGAAUAUUUUCAGAGUCACUUUAUUCGGAUAGUCUGUAUUGUCCAUCUGCAUAUGCUCUACAGCAGGGAAGGCAUUUGAAAUUAUUUCAGUUUUCGAAUAAUAUCUGGAUAGUCUAAAUAAAUGUGCUUAAAGAAAAAUAUAUUUUAAAACUACAAUGGAGACUUACUCGUGCGACUCGAGAGCCUGUUGGGGCGGCAGGGGCUGGUGUGUGUUUGUGCCAGUCUGUGUGGCACGGCGGGAGAGCGAGAGUAGCCAAACAGACUGACGCAGGUUAGAUAACCUAUGGCAGCAACAUGCUUGUCUAUCAUACCAUCUGGUAGUGCCUGUCUUGAAUCCAUAAAAUCUAUGUAAAAAAGCUAGCUAAAGUAGCAAAGCUAAUUCUCGACAACUCCUUUCAGAUUCCACAGCCUACCUGAUGGUUGCUCGUUGUAGCGGACUCUUCAUUUAGUCAACUUAAUUCCGUGAUGUUAAUUCCAUUUUGCAUUGAUUAUAAAUCUCCCACUUCUCUUGCUACAUAGAGCCUCUGACUGUAGCGCCGCUUUGAUUGACCAACAACGAUAACAACAAGCUUCACGUUGGCUACCAGUGUGUCUUUUUUAUGGGGCGCACUAUUAACUGUCAUAAAACUUGUUUAUUAAAAUCCUUGUAGGCUAUGUAACAAUGUUCAUUUUAGACCAAACCUUUAAAAACUUUUGUCGUGCCUAUUUUCUUUAUCAAAAAUUAAUACUCUCAAAGUAAUCCAAUUCUAACGUCCGUUCAGUUAUUGGAAUAACCGUGCCCAUCACUACACUACAAGAGGGAAACAACACACAUGGUUGAUAAGUAACCGCUUGCAAAGGUAAGGGUUAAGAUUAUGGUUAGUAGAUGUUUGAAAUGUUACUGAUAGUCCAUCUGUAGAUGCUCUAGAGACUAUCCAAAUAAAGUGUUACCCUUUUCCCCCCUCCAUGUUGUCUAUCACUACAAUCUUUGUUUUAUGGGGGGGAAGGAAUGGGGGGAUGAACAUAAGCUGAAAUGUCUGUCUCGGGAAUUGGUGACCUCUUUGACGACCUUGUAAAGCAAUAAAAACAAAAGUAGUUGAAUGUUGACAUCUGUACUCUAAACUCUGUUGUAAACAAUUGUAAGUGGCAUGCAAUUAUUUAACUAUUUUAUAAUUUCUGUAAAGUUAUUCUGUUGGUCCUUUUAAUAAAAAUGUAAGCGUGA